AUGUCCACGAGCACUCUCCAAGAAAGUGAUCUCAUCUUCUCAGCUGCAUCAUCGGAACUGAAAAUCGCACUCGGCGAGUUGAAAAAGCGCAAUCUCAAAAUUUCAAAUCGCUUGAGCUCCAUCAAAAAAGAUUCGGAAUUCGUCACGAAAGUUGCCUGGACGUAUGGGCUGCCUCUGGUCGCAAAUGAACGCUGUGGAUCUUGGUACAUUCCCCCCGAGCUCAAGGUCGGGUCGGCGUAUUUCAAGUCCACGGACGGACAUUUCGGACAAUGGAGCUUCAGCCUGAGAAGGCUGAAUUCUCAGGUGCUGGAUGUGCUGGAGAAGUAUGGGGGAUGUGUUAUCGUUGAUUCUACCAGGAGAGGCAAGUCCAUGCCUGACGCAUUGAGCAAGACUGUUCCCAUCUGGUGUUGUGUUUUGAAUCGCCUCCUCUUUGGCAGUGGCGAUUUGAGCACGCCGAUGGAUGUAGUCGGUGAAAGUGAGCAUGCUCAGAUUGAGGCGACGUUGGACGAGCUGCUGGAAAGUGCCAAGAAUCUGCAAUUGGACCUAGAGAGACUCCGACAGAAGCUGGGCCGCAAGCCUGUUCAAAUCUCUUGGCACAGGCCUGGAUACCAGUUGCCGGAAGCUGGAGGAGACUGGAAUGAAAGGCGAAAUCUUAUAGUGCUCUGCACAGCUUCCAACCAGACUAGUCACGAAACCAGUGCAACGAGUGACUAUGUCCAGGGCGCUGCCGAUGAUCCAGAGAGCUGGAGCCUAGGCCUCGAUGCUUCGGCGUUCUGGAAGUAUCAGAAGGAGUUAUUGAGUGCAAGCGAGGACGAAUUGCCUGGACAGAUCAGCCAGAUCAUGGAACAGGCUCAACAUCAAGGCACACAUCAGCUACCCGUGCAAGUCGAACCAACUUCAAAUUUCUUCAUUGGAACGAAUGCAGCUGCUAGUCGGCUUCAACACGAGUACGACAUUGUGAUCUCUUGCAUAAUCAAGCCUGAUUUGGAACUCAGGGAGGCCAAGAAGUCAUUCUAUAUUACUCUCGCAACACCGACUGGGAAGAAUGGCAGCCGAUUGCUGCGAGCUCAGCUACCCAAAUUGAGCGCACUAAAACCACUUAUGAAGCCGAAAAUGAAGGUGCUUAUCGCUUGCGAGACUGGCAAAGACCUUGCCAUCGGAGUUGCACUAGCUUUACUUUGUCAGCACUGUGACCAGGAAGGGCGACUCAGGCUUGAUGACUCGGAACGCGUCGACGGCAUCAACAAGACAAUGAUCAAGCAUCGUCUUGGCUGGAUUAUGGUAUCAAUCCCGGAUGCAAGUCCAAGUCGAGCAACUUUGCAGAGUGUCAACGCGUAUCUCAUGGGAUGA